AUACGCGCAACACCUGAAUAUCUGGGGAAGCCGCGUCCCUGUGCUCCCCUCCCCUCAAUCUGACUGCUCUUGCCUCGGGGCGGUGAAGGAGGGGAAGACGACGCCCGCAGCCCCAGCACACGCCCGCGCCUGCCUCCUGCCACGCUGCGACGAGCGCGCCUUCCGCCAUGAACGGCUUCAACGGGACCGUCGCCCCCGGCGGCAUGUACGUGCGGGCCCUGUACGACUACGACGCCGACGACCGCACGAGUCUGAGUUUCCGGCAGGGCGACAUCAUCCAGGUCAUAACACAGCUGGAGAGCGGCUGGUGGGACGGGGUCAUAAACGGCGUGCGGGGAUGGUUCCCGAGCAACUACUGCGCCGUGGUGCCUCGCCCGACCGACGACGUCGAAGACGACCGGAAUGGCGGGGACCUGGACGACGACCAGGACACGCAGUCAUUGGGCGGCACCGACUACACCAACUCGGACACAGAAUCGCUCAACGGCAAUGACACGAUCUUGCCCAUUGAGCGGAAUGAGAGCACGAAAGAGGAGGAGGCGGCGUUCUGGAUACCCCAGGCAACGCCAGACGGCAGGCUAUUCUACUUCAACACCUUGACCGGCGUUAGCACGAUGGAGCUCCCGCUCGAGACUCCAUCAGCGAACGAGAACGGCCCGCGGGACCGCGUCAAUGUGUUCAUCCCAGAGUCAUCACGCCCGCCGGCAGAGCUGCUGGCCUCGGGGUACAAUGUCGAAGACACGGACGAUGAGAACUCGGCCUCAGACUUUGAAGGCCCUGGCAUGGUGGGCUCACACAGCUCUUUGCCUGGAAGAAAAAGGUUAUCAGAUGGCGUCUCACCGGCGACAUCGAUGGAUUCCAUGAACCAAGCCUCGUCCUUUGCCAGGUCUCUGGAUGCAAAUGGUACGAGCUUUUCAGCCGUUUCCAUCCCCCCUCUUGGCAUCACAGCCACUUCUUUUGCUAACAACCCCCUUGGCGGACCCCCCAUGACCUCCGCCAUGUCACGUAGGUUUUUCGAUGAUCAUGUUAAUCCUGUGCCCCUCACCUGGAACCGGAUGGUGGAAGACAUGCGGCGGGCCGUCGAUCGAUACCGCCAGGCAAUCAAUAACAGCGAUCGGUCUGAGUUUGUGAAAAGAGCAGAAGAUAUCUCCGAUCAUCUUCGGUUACUCCUGGCUGCGGGGUCUGGGACGACUGACAACCACUCCGGCAAUCCCUCCAUUAUCUCUACCAACAAGGCGCUGUACCCCCACUUCCGGGAGACUAUGUCCAGAUUCUCCAAGCUUGUCUUGUCCUCACACAUUGCUGCGUCUGACUUCCCUCCGCCGGAUUCCUAUUCCAAGUGCCUCAAAGAAGCGGACGGCGUUCUCAAUGGCGUCUAUGGCUUCGUGGAAGUGGCUCGGCAGCAGCGUGGCGAGGAAAUCCCCCGCCUAGUCCCUGGUUUCGUGGUUGGGGGCAACGUGGGCGGCAACUGGCACAACAACGGCGUGGAUGUCCGCGACCCGGCAACCUCUGGGUCUUUCAUCGACCAAGAGGACUACGAGCCCUUGGUGGAGCCCACCGUGAAGCUGGACUCGCGCGUUCUGGAAAGGUUAGAAGAUCUGAAGAGGCUGAUUGUGUCGAGCAUCCGGCGGUUAGACGAGCAGCUGGUCGUUCGUGACAAGAUUGUUACACCGCAUAGACAUCAAAUCAUCGGGGAUAGCGUAUGCAAUGCCGCCGGGAAAGUCCUCGAUGUCUGCCGUCCCUGGAUAUCUACCGUUGAGUCAAUAAAUCUGUCCGCAAUCAGCUCGACAGUGCAAGGCCAACAGUUAGGGGAGUUCAGCAUUCAGAAACAGAAGGUCUAUGAUCUAGUUUCAGAACUGGUUAUUUGCUGCCAGGGUGUCGCUGCACCAUUAGCAGACGAGUGGGCCGAGACCAGAGGCGAUUCCUUGGAGGACCGGAUCAACGCCUGCCGCGCAGUCUCCAGAGAGCUGGAGACGAGCAUCGUGCAGCAAUAUGGACUCCUACAGCAUCUUUCGGAAGCAGUACCUCUUGGGGACAUUGCUGUGCGCGAUGACCCUCGAAGGAAUACCGAUACUCAAGUACCCAAUUCCCAUAACAGAGGCCAAUCAGGGAACACGAGGCCGUUGCUGAAGGAUAUGCCACAGCCGCAUACGUACAGUGAGGGUACCUCAUUGGACGACAAGGUGGAGCCCAUCCGCACCGCGAAUAGCUCAAAGAAGAUUAAGGAUUUCUUUGGCGAAGUGCCCGUGAUCCCACAGACGACGGUCGAGGAAGUACCGGAGUUCCUUAAGCUCGACCAUGAAGGCGAGAUUUCCUACGAUCACAAGGUGACGCCACCGCAGCUUCGAGGAGGAACACUUCAGGGACUUGUCGAGCAACUAACUCGGCACGACCGUCUUGACCCCGCGUUCAACAACACGUUCCUCCUGACGUACCGGUCGUUCACUACUGCCUCCGAAUUGUUUGAGAUGCUUGUGAAGAGGUGGAGCAUCCAGCCGCCGUAUGGUCUCGCUAAGGAGGAUUAUCAGCAGUGGGUCGACAAGAAGCAAAAGCCGAUUCGAUUCCGCGUCGUCAAUAUCCUCAAAAGUUGGUUCGAUAAUUACUGGAUGGAGGGCAAUGACGAAGAAGCGAGGAUCCUCAUCCAGAGAGUAUACAACUUUGCAAAAGAUCAUGUCGCGACGACCAGCACGCCCGGUGCUGCUCCUCUUAUGACAUCGGUCGAACAGCGAUCUCGCGGUCCCGAUAUGCCAACGAAGCGUAUGGUCCUCACCCUAAACGCGCAGACUCCACAGCCCAUCCUUCCGAAGCACAUGAAGAAGCUGAAGUUCCUGGACAUCGACCCGACGGAGUUCGCUCGCCAGCUCACCAUCAUCGAGUCAAGGCUGUACGGCAAGAUCAGGCCGACAGAAUGUCUGAACAAGACAUGGCAGAAGAAGCUAGCCGCCGGCGAGCCGGACCCGGCUGCCAAUGUUAAAGCGCUCAUCCUGCACUCCAACCAGCUGACGAACUGGGUGGCACAGAUGAUUCUGACCCAGCAGGAUGUGAAGCGGAGAGUCAUAGUCAUCAAGCACUUUGUCAACGUUGCAGAUCGAUGCCGACUGUUGAACAACUUCUCCACUUUGACAUCUAUCAUCUCGGCUCUCGGCACGGCACCUAUCCAUCGUCUAAACAGGACAUGGACCGCAGUGAAUGCGCGAUCCAUGGCCACCCUGGAGAACAUGCGCAAGCUUAUGGGUAGCACCAAGAACUUCGCGGACUAUCGAGAAACGCUGCACAAGGCCAAUCCACCAUGCAUCCCGUUCUUUGGUGUAUACCUUACGGAUCUAACCUUCAUUGAGGACGGCAUUCCCUCCUUGAUCAAGAAAACCAACCUCAUUAAUUUCGCCAAGCGCGCAAAGACGGCCGAGGUGAUCCGCGACAUCCAACAGUACCAGAACGUGCCGUACCCGCUACAACCCGUGCCGGAGCUGCAAGACUACAUCUUGACCAACAUGCAGUCGGCAGGUGACGUGCACGAGAUGUACGAGACGAGUUUGCAGGUAGAGCCACGCGAGCGCGAAGACGAGAAGAUUGCAAGGCUUCUCUCCGAGUCUGGAUUCUUGUGAUGAUACCCCACGAAUGCAUUUGAUCUCUGUCGAAAUGAAACAUUGGCGUUGGGUUAUUCAUAUCUUGGCACUUGUGCUCUUGGCAAAUGGGCCUACGAUCAGGAUAUCAGUUUUCUUCCUUGGGUGUCAGCGAUUUCAUCAUCUCAGACGCAUAUUCCACACAUUGUAGCUACGGCCGGCUCAUGGGAGAAGAAUAUUCUUCUUGCAGCGAUAUAUUUUUGUGGGCGGCGAAGGGUUGUUCAGGCCUCCCACGAGGGAUCGAACGAUCGGCUUUUUUUCUUGACCCUCCUUCGCCCCUUCCAA